AUGCCGGCCAUCGACCUUAUUGAGCGUGAUGGAGUGUCCACUCUCAAAAACGGAGUAUCCUCUCUGCGCCUCUUUAUCAAGAGAGGCAACUGGGCCGACAAGAACCGAGGCGUCAUCCUGGUGUUUGUCAUAGUCUUCAUCGUCGCGGUAGGCAUCAUCUCGCUCUUUGGCUAUCGAUACUGGAUCAGGAAGAAGGCGGAGAAGGAGUCAUAUGAAGCAACUGACUGA